ACCAUCUAGGCUGUGAUCCACAAACCCGGUUCCUUGUCCCUCCGAAUAUCAAACAGUGGAUCGCCUUGCUGCAGAGGGGAAAUUGCACAUUUAAAGAGAAAAUAUCACGGGCUGCUUUCCAUAAUGCAGUUGCUGUAGUCAUUUACAAUAAUAAAUCCAAAGAGGAGCCAGUCACCAUGACUCAUCCAGGCACUGGAGAUAUUAUUGCUGUCAUGAUUACAGAAUUGAGGGGUAAGGAUAUUUUGAGUUAUCUGGAGAAAAACAUCUCUGUACAAAUGACAAUAGCUGUUGGAACUCGAAUGCCGCCAAAGAACUUCAGCCGUGGCUCUCUAGUCUUCGUGUCAAUAUCCUUUAUUGUUUUGAUGAUUAUUUCUUCAGCUUGGCUCAUAUUCUACUUCAUUCAGAAGAUCAGGUACACAAAUGCUCGCGACAGGAACCAGCGUCGUCUUGGAGAUGCGGCCAAAAAAGCCAUCAGCAAAUUGACAACUAGAACAGUUAAAAAGGGUGAUAAGGAAACUGAUCCAGACUUCGAUCAUUGUGCUGUCUGCAUAGAGAGCUAUAAGCAGAAUGAUGUUGUCCGGAUUCUCCCCUGCAAGCAUGUUUUCCACAAAUCCUGCGUGGAUCCCUGGCUUAGUGAACAUUGUACCUGUCCUAUGUGCAAACUUAAUAUUUUGAAGGCUCUGGGAAUUGUGCCAAACUUGCCAUGUACUGAUAAUGUAGCAUUUGAUAUGGAAAGGCUCACCAGAACCCAAGCAGUUAACCGAAGAUCAGCUCUAGGUGACCUCACCAGCGACAAUUCCCUUGGCCUUGAGCCCCUUCGAACUUCGGGGAUAUCACCUCUUCCUCAGGAUGGGGAACUCACCCCUAGAACAGGAGAGAUCAACAUCGCAGUAACAAGUGGUCACUUCUUUCAUCGAAACUCUUUGUCCCCUCGGAGUCUGGUAUAUGAAAGUGAAUUCUCUACCAUCGAACCUUCUUUGGACAUGUAUGAUGAGAACAAAACCUGAUUUUUUUCAAUGGGCUGCUGGAGCUCACUUCCUUUGUGAUUUGAUUUAUGAUCACUUUUCUUAUUUUGUAUUCUGUCAGCAUUCGUUUUUGGAAGAAUCGCAGCGCUUUCCAAGAACAGGUUGGGAUUCAGGGUUAAAUUGCAAAGCUCCUCCGAGACAAGCCUUUGCGGACAGUGGUGUUGUUGCCCAGGUAUCCCUGUGGCACUGGAAAUUGUCUGAAGCUGGCCAGUGAAUGUGGACACCCCACAAGCCUGAUACUUCCAGAAAAGAUGCAGGGCCCAGGGGGUUCCCGUCACAUUGCAGGUGUGCCUCUGAAUAAUCACACGCUCUUGUGCAUGGGCGCUGGUUUCUCAGGCAGCCUCUGUGUGCCCCACUCAUCUUGCACCUGAACACUGCAGGCGCGGCUGCACCUGCUCCGGAGUGGCCCACUCUGUUUUCCCUAGCUGAUACUCUACUUUCUGUUAAAGCCCUCUUUCUAAAGACUCCUGAAAGUCUUGACUCUUUUUCCCUCUACUGCUACUGGUCAUGGAGCACACCUGGAGGGGCUGCAGGCUGGGCAGGACAGGCACCUGUCCUCUUGUCUCUUCCCAGCCUCCCUCGGUGACCAUGGUAUAAAGUGACUAUUGUUUAUGUGACCACUGAAAUGCUGAAGGCCCUGUGCCCCAGGCCUGUGGAUUUGUCUUCUUUGCAACUGCUGAGAGGUUAAGGGAAGAGGAGGCACCUUUGAGGCCAAUCUGGCUGUCUCCUUUGGAUACAAUGACCUGGGGUGAGGGCCAGCAAGUGUCAAAAUCAGAAUGAUUCUGCCUAACUUCUUGAGAAGAUGGAACCACCUCCUUGCUGCUAGAUACCAGAUAAGCACCCCUGUUUUGUCUUCACCUAGUCCCUGUCCAUCAGCCUUAGCAUCAUCAUGAAGAAGGCAUGGAGCUUACAGAAAAGGAUAUGGUGGCAAUGCAGUAGACAUCAUGGACACAUAUGUUCUUUCCCAUAAAUCUGGGAUGACACCAAGUCAACAUCACCAGAAACAUGUAUCUGAAAAGUAAGACCAAACAGAACCAAAAUGAGCAAAUUUAUAAAACAAACGGACACAUCCUGUUUGCUCCAGUAACACAGUAGUCCAGCCUGCUCCUACUGACUGAUAAUGAGCCCCAUGGAAGAGUAGAUGCACUGAGAUGCUUGUGUGAGAAUGGAAACUUGAAUCUCUGUAUGUCCAGAGAGCAGACCGUGUCCACACAUGAUUCCCCUAUCCUGUGGUUUCUGUCAACUGUAGAACACAAAUCUGAAGUGAGCGCUGCCAUUUUUCCAUGUCUUCCCAGCUUCUCUCAUAGCGUCUCCUGUCACGUGUUGUGAAGAUGCCUCAGAAACAGUUGUGCCCAAACAACACCCUCAGAGAACCAGGGUGAUGACAGCAUUAGGAACAUCACCUCAGAGUGACCAGCAACAUUUCAUUUUUAAUUAUUUGAGGCUGGAACAGUGCAGGUUUUUUAAGGUCUUAGCAGUUUUUUCUUUUUUACUUUUAACUAAGGGCUUUUGUUGUGUUUUUUUCCUUUUCUUUUUUAUAGUCUUUGUACUAUAAAAAUAUUUUUGAUAGUUUCAGGAGAGCACUGUUCAGAAAAACACGUUCACCCCGCAGGCUUUGUCGUGACAGAAAGCAUAACACUGAGAUCAUCCCUGGCGCCAGAAGAUUCCACACACACCUGCGAUUCUGCUUGGUCUGGUUGGGCUGACUGGCCGCCACCCAGCUCUGACCACGCGAUGGCUGCUCCAUGCCCUUGUUUUAGUGAAGCACAACUCGGAACCCACCACAGCCUUCCUUCCAAUGUGCGCAGUCUUAGAAAAGACUUUAUACGUUUAUAGAACAUAUAGGCAUACACAUUCACUUUCACCUGAGACAGCCCUUCAUUAAGAAGGAAUGAACUUACUUGACAAGAAAUUUAAAAGUUCCAGACCUCUAAGAAGUUAAUGUAAUAUUAAGUACCAAAAGAGUACCAAAUAGGCGCUCCUUCUUAAUUUCUGGUAUAUCUAGGGCACACGUUCAUUGUGAAGUAACCAAGGAGGCAUGUCUUACAAGGAAAUGCACGCAGAGCUUCAGACAGAACUUGAUAACCUUUACCCAAGAAUUGAGGCCUCUUCCCCAUUCAGCUACAGAAUGCCCUGCAUUUGUCAGGAGAGCCACUCCUCUGUGAAGGUCAUGUACUUCAGGAAUAGCAAAGGUGGUAUGAUUUGUUCCAAAUAACAGCCUCUUUUCAGGCAGCUGUGCUGAGCAGAAAGUCUCUGCCCAGCCACCCCAGAAACCCUGGUGGGGGUAGGUUGUGGGGAGCCAGUGCUCAUUACCAUGCACCCCCCUACUUCUGAGAAGCUGGAAAUUGGGAGCAGGCAUGGUUGGGGCACAAAGAGGUGCUCUUUCAGUAUCUAAGCACCUCAGUUGUUGAACAUCAUCUUAUAGCAAUUGCUAGCCAGAUGUAUGAUAAUCUUCGAUUGUUUUCCUGAAAGCCAGAGGGUUUUUUGAAUGUUGGAAGGGGAAAGGAGUGAGCUACUUAUGCACAAACCCUUCUUCCAGUGGACUGCCCUGAACUGGGUCUAGCUCCAGCUUUUCCCAGCAACACGCACUGUAGGGUGGAUGCGCAUGGAAAAGAGCCCACACAGCCAGUACCAUCCGCUGGCUGCCCGGCUGUCCAGUAACCACAGUUAAAAGGGCAUAGACUUACAGUUGGUGAUUUUUAACUUUCUAACAGAAGAGCUGCCCAUAACCUUCCUUUCCUGCUGUUUCAGAGAUGGGGAGGAGCCAUCUUGCAGAGGUCAGACUGAAAGCCGCUCACUCUUGGUGGCAAUGGUUGGCAGAGUGUCCACACUGCCUGCCUCUGUGGCCUCAGGGGAAGGCAAGCUCUACUACCAGGUGGUUGGUGGUUAAGAACACCCUGCUUUUUAAGAAAGCUGCCAUCUCCUGGCCCCUUCUCAGUGACUCAGAGCAAUGUCCAGAUGGCACUACCCUGAACACCAGUUUGCACACAUGGCCAAGCCUGUACAUGCCAGCUGCCCCAAUGCACGCAACAACCCAGCUUCCAGAACAUUCUGUUGGAAAAGAGCUAAACAAAAUAAGGUCACUAAAUUUAUAUUUCCUAUGGGCUUUUAUAAGCUCUUCUCCUAUUUUAAAUUCUCAUACUGAGUUUAUUCCUUUAGCUACUUGCUAAAUGAAAUUAGUUUUAACUGACAAAAAAUCAAAAUGUGGUCUGGCUAUGAAAAUCAAAAUAAAGGUCUGUUAGCCUUUAUUUAGGUAGUAGUUUGCUAGAGGAAAACAAGCAGGUGAUAUUAAUCUCAGGUCGCCUUGACAGAUGCCAGAAUGUCAUGAGACAAAACAGUUUGGUAAAUAAAUAAAAUUUAAAAGGAAACAGGUAGGAUCCUCUGGCCAACCUUGUCAACAAACCUUUAUUAAAUUCUCACCAUGUGCCAACACCGGUUACCCUUGGAGUGCAGGUGAAACCAGUGAUGGUUAGGAUUUGGACGGUUAGAGAAAACUGGUGUGUUAACAACCAGUGGGGACUUGAGACCCACGAGAUGAGGGUACGUGGUGCAGAGGAGGGUUUUCUAGGGGAGAUAGAUAGGCACAGUCUGGCCAAGAAGGCGACACAUUCAGUGAAGACAACCCGAGUGGAGGGCGAGACUGACAAGGGCUUGGGUUCCACUUCCUGGGUGGGAAAGCUUUGCUGUGGCCCCCGGUCUCUGUUUAGAAAGAGAAUGAUCUGGGGUAGGGAUGGGCAGGGAAGGUACCAAAAUACCUGGUGUAGGACCUGCCUUUGGAGCCAGGGCAGAGGAGAGAGCUUUGUACUGACUUUGAGGUCUGACAGUGGAAAUGAGAGAGCCACAAGAUUGAAGUGGAAGCCCAAGUGCUCACCUGGGUGAUUGGGUGGGAGUUAGCGGGACCUAGAGGAGCUUCGUGGGGAUACUCAACGUCUGGGGCUGGCAGGGCCUCUGCAUAAAGGCGGAGAUGUAGCUGUGGAUCUGAAGCAGAAGUUUGGUGAGUGAAGAGGUCUGAUGUGAGCCCUCUGUGCAGCAGGAUUCCUGGGAAGCCGGGGCCCAACUGCGUGCUGCCUAGCCCUCCCCAUAGGAUCACAGCCUCCACGGCAUCACAGGUCCUGUGCCACAACGCUGCUGCCUUUCCUCUCUGCUGCCCCACACAACACUUAAAGGCCAGCACUCCAGGCACGUGUAUUAUCCUCUGUGUACACGCACUGCGCUUAGAAUCUCCCCAGGUGGUUGUCCAGAGAGAAUUCCUUUAGUUCAGAUGAUGGCAGAAGCCAGAGUGGGGUUGAACUUGCCUUGUGACAUGGGAAUGAGGCUUGGGAUAAAGCCCUAGGGACUUACUAAGUUUUGGAUGUUAGGAGCAACCAAUUUAGAAAAACUACUAGUGUGCUUUUGCUUUUGGAGGAAGCUGGCACCGCCUCUCCACCAUGCCAUACUGGCUGGCUGGCCUCCGCUCACUCCAGGAAAUAGAGUGGGUGACUGAGCUCAGCUCAGCAUUCAGUAUCAGCUCCCGAGAAAGGCAUCAUUAUCAGGAGCUGACCCUUGUGAUGCCUACUGCUGAAAGAAAGUGUGUUCCCUGUUAAGGGAAGGGUUUGCAAGGGAAGUAUGUCUGGUUUUGCUUUUUCUUUUGGCUUUGUUGCUAAAUCAUUCCAAAGGCCAAA